UUUUUUUUUUAAAUAAAGCUAACUUUUCAAUUAACUUUAAAUAUUCUCUUCUCUUCUUUUCAUAUUCGUAUUUGUUAUCAUUUGAAUACUAUGACAAAUAUCUCAUUCUUUUCUACAUCAUCGGGAUAUAAAGGACACAUCUUUAAAGAAGAGCAAAACAUGAUUCCAACUUAUAUCACCAUUUCACCUAGAAAAGAUGGUGUAACUGCAAAAACAAAAUGCUUAAAUCCUCAAACAUCAAAAUUAACUCCUUUAAAGAGAAAAAUAAAGGCAUCCUCUUCUAAUAUAUCCUCUAUUUUACCGAAACUUCGAGUUCAUAGUUCAUCUUAUCAUUGUCAUUUUUCUUCUUCAUUUCGUUCUUAUUCUAGCUGUCAUACUAGAAAAAGACAAAAAGAACCAAUGUCAUUAUCAAAUUUACCUUAUGAAAUCCUUUUUAGGAUUUUAUUUUAUUUGGAUUAUAUUUCAGUUCAAAAAUUAUCUCGUACAUGUCGUAGUCUAUAUUCAAUUUGUCAUGAUAAUGAAUUAUGGCGCCAAUUAUUAUAUGCUGAUUUCCGGUCUGUCCCACCUCCCCUUACAACAAUGGCAUUAGUCGUGCGAAAAAAAAAGAAUAAUGUCAUGACGGGGCUUCCGACAAACUUAAAACUUUAUCAAAAUCACCUUAAAUUAGGUCGUAGAUGGUUAACGGGAAAAGUAACGACCCGAUUCUUACAAGGACAUGAAAGCAGUAUUUAUUGUUUAGCUUGGAUAGAUAAGAAUAUAUUGGUGAGUGGUAGUCGUGACCAAAGUUUAAAAGUAUGGGAUGUCAUUCGAGGCAAAUGUUUACGUACGAUCAAGGAUGUUCAUGAAGGUAGCAUCCUGUGUAUGAGCGUUAAUAAAGAAAAUACCAUCUUAUUAACAGGCUCCUCGGAUGCAACAUCUGUUAUCUGGUCCUUACCUGAUUUAAUACCUCAAAGGAGACUUCGAGGACAUGGUCAUAAUGUACUUGAUAUCUGCUUUGUAGGUGAUUAUAUCGUUUCUUCUUCAAGAGAUCAUACCAUACAAGUUUGGCAAAAGGAUACAGGGGAACAAGUGCGACAGUUAUUGGGACAUCAAGCCUCUGUCAAUUCAAUUGAACCUAUAGAUCAACAUCGUAUCGUUUCUGCUUCAGGGGAUGCUAGUCUCAAAUUAUGGGAUAUUGAAACAGGCGAAUGUUUAAGAACGAUAAAAGAUAACAAACUAGGAUUAGCCUCUGUUCGAUUUAAUGGAACCUAUUUAUAUACUGGAGGACUUGAAGGGAAAGUUAAAGUAUGGGAUAUUGAGAACGGUGAAUGUGUAAAGACUUUGGUUGGACAUGUUAAUAUGAUUCGAUCUAUUGAUUAUGUAGAGGUAAUUUUUUUUUUGUAUUUAUUAGCUUAUUACAUACAUACAUUUCUUAAACAUAUAUAUGUAUAUAUAUAUAUUAUAAAUAUGCAUAGGAUAAAAUUAUUACAGGUAGUUAUGAUCGUACACUCAAAGUCUGGGAUGCAAAGACAGGUGCUUGCAUUUUAAGUUUUCAAAGUGGACACACUAAUUGGAUCUUUAAUGUAUUAGCAAGUGGAACCCAUAUUGUUAGUUGUGGAAAAGACAAGCGAAUUAUGGUUCUUGACUUUUGUAAUGGAUUAACACCUUUAUGUGAUUAAAUAAGUAACUGCUUUAAUCAUCUCAUAUCGGCACAUUGUCUUUCCUUCCCUUUAUAUACCCAUUGUUAAUAAAUGAGUCCUUUAUUAGAAAGUUUGUGUUCCCUUCU